AUGUUCACCCUAACUCCAAAUCUCUCGAAUUACUUCUCCAAGCUCAUUAGCCUUGGUCACCUUGCUGGUCAACUUGGCGGAUUUGUUGGUCAAAGUGAGAGUGUUAAGAAAGCCGUGAAGAAUGCUAUUAAAGCUUGUUUCGACACUAAUGCGCACCUUAAAAAUGACCUAAAUGAUGUUUACAAUUCUCUUGUUACUAACCUUUCUGUGUCUGUCAACCCUGCUGGCCAGACUGAUGACACCGCUGUAAUUGGUCCACUUCAAGUUGAAGUGUCUAAAAAAAUUGCUGAAAUUACUGACCAAAUUACGCAACUUGAACAGCAAAAUAAGCUUAAUAAUCACUCUCUUCCUUCCCCCUCUCCCUCUGCUGAGCUAGCCAAAUUGCAUUCCAAGUUGGAGGCUUUGAAGGAAGUGGAGAAGCUUUGUGGAUUUUUGACUAAUUCUAAUAAGCAGCAAAAUAACCCUACUAAUAAUAUUUUAACGCAUUUAUGUGACGGCCUCGAAACUUUCCUCGGCUUCGACCCGAAAUCAAAAGGCUACGACGGCUCUGGGAUAGUGUACUCUGACCUGGAUAGGCUGUGUGACGGGGUGAUGGGAUUUUUGAGUGGUGUUCUCAGCAACAUCCAAAACCAUUUAGGGCAGCAUAAAACACAAAUUGAUAUUGCAAUUAACAUUCUUAACACCAAUAAACACCUUGGUAAAAACGGUUUUAAUGCUGCGAUUGGAGAGGUGGUCGCAGGGGUGCGGGGGUAUAAUGGUAAUGUAAAAACAUCCAAUGACCUUGUUAAAACGGCAAUUAAAAAACUUCAGAGGGACAUGAAAAACUAUAAAAAAGAAGAGUUACAAACUAACUUGCCAAAUAACAUAGAUCCAAAAAGGCCUACGGCAUCCACCCAAGAGAGUGUCGAGAAGGCAAUGUCCUUGGUGGAGCAGUGUCAAAAAUUUGCAAAAGAAUUUAUUAGAGCUGUUGACAUUAAAACAAAAACAGAUGCAACAAAAAAUGCAAUAAAAGACUUAAAUCCCAAAUUGCGUGAUACAAUUGAGAACGUGCGUAAGAAUAUGCAGCAUGAGAGUAAGCGUCUUAAAGAGUUGUCUAGUAAAGAGAGUAAGGAUUUAGAGGCAACGGAAGAUAAAAUUAAGAAGACGUUGAGCAGUUUGAAAGUGAACGUGGACUGUAGAAUUGAUGCGCAAAUGAAGGAGUUGAUUAAAAAGUUGAGUGAGAGGGUGCAGAAGAUUUUGGAUAAGUUAAAGGGUAUCGAGAAAAAACUGCUGGGUUAUGUUAAAGAGUUGUAUACGUGGCUCGAAGAUGCUAGAAAGUUAAUUAACGAG